UCGGGACUGUUCUGCCUACCAGACGCCCCGGACGCGCUGGAAGUGUUUAGCAUCUUAGGUUGCCGCUCCAGGCCGGGACCGCACGGCGCGCUGGGCCAUCUCCAGGUCCUGCCCUGCCACGGGGAGGACCCCACAGGGGCCGCGCCGAGUUUUCGGCCCUUCCCAGCGGUCUCUCUGGAAGCCUGCACUCAAGACUAGCUUUGCAUACGCGCAGGGUGAACUAUCGGAACCCUAACGCCGGGACCCUGCACACCACAAGGACUGCAGGGAUGGCCACCCGAGCGCGCUUGAGAGUCAAAUUCUCCGGCUUCCAGACGAUACCCAAACAGUCCCCCAGGCUGCUCGUGCUGUUUCUGUCACUGGUAAGCCGCGUCUCCACACAGCCUGCUGCCCCAGGCGCAGCACUUCUGUCCCCGGGUCUCUCCGGGGCUUCUGGAAUACCUUCAGAGGACGCUAUCGUGGUGGCGAACCGCGGGCUCCGAGUGCCCUUCGGUCGCGAAGUCUGGCUGGAUCCGUUGCGUGACUUGGUGCUGCAGGUGCAGCCAGGGGACCGCUGCUACGUGACGGUGCUAGACAACGACGCGCUGGCCCAGCGGCCAGGCCGCUUGAGUCCCAAGCGCUUCGCGUGCGACUAUGGCCCCGGAGAGGUGCGCUACUCGCACCUGGGUGCUCGCAGCCCUUCGCGAGACCGCGUCCGGCUGCAGUUGCGCUACGAUGCCCCAGGAGGGGCGAUAGUCCUGCCGUUGGCCCUAGAGGUGGAAGUGGUCUUCACCCAACUGGAAGUUGUGACUCGGAACUUACCUCUGGUCGUGGAAGAAUUACUAGGGACUAGCAAUGCCCUGGACGCUCGGAGCUUAGAGUUCGCCUACCAGCCUGAAACCGAGGAGUGCCGCGUGGGCAUCUUAUCAGGUUUGAGCGCUUUGCCUCGUUAUGGAGAACUCCUUCACUACCCACAAGCUCCGGAAGGGGCCAGAACGGGAGGGACCUCGGAGACCCUUUUGAUGGACUGCAAAGAAUUCCAAGAGCUGGGAGUGCGCUACCGGCACACAGCCCCCAGUCGCUCACCUAACAGGGACUGGCUGCCUAUGGUGGUGGAGCUACAUUCGCGAGGGGCUCCUGUGGGCAGCCCGCCUUUAAAACGGGAGCACUUCCAGGUGCUUGUGAGGAUCCGGGGAGGAACGGAGAACACUGCCCCCAAGCCCAGUUUCGUGGCCAUGAUGAUGAUGGAGGUGGACCAGUUUGUACUGACCGCUCUGACUCCAGACAUGCUGGCGGCCGAGGAUGCUGAAUCCGACCCAGACCUUUUGAUCUUCAACCUCACCUCUGCCUUCCAGCCCGGGCAGGGCUACUUGGUGAGCACUGAUGACCGAAGCCUGCCUCUCUCCUCCUUUACACAACGGGAUUUGCGCCUGCUGAAGAUUGCCUACCAGCCUCCCUCUGAAGACUCUAACGAGGAGCGUCUGUUUGAACUGGAACUGGAGGUAGUGGACCCCGAAGGAGCAGCCUCAGACCCUUUCGCCUUCAUGGUGGUGGUCAAGCCCAUGAAUACGUUGGCCCCAGUGGUCACACGAAACACUGGCCUUAUUCUCUAUGAGGGUCAGUAUCGGCCGCUCACGGGUCCUGUAGGCAGUGGACCCCAGAACUUGGUCAUCAGUGAUGAAGAUGAUCUAGAAGCCGUGAGGCUGGAGGUGGUGGCCGGGCUCAGGCAUGGCCACCUUGUGAUUCUGGGUUCUCCCGGGAGCGACUCUGCUCCCAAGACCUUCACAGUGGCCGAGCUGGCAGCUGGCCAGGUUGUCUACCAGCAUGACGACAGAGACGGCUCACUGAGUGACAACCUGGUGCUUCGCAUGUCGGAUGGAGAAGGCAGGCACCAGGUUCAGUUCCUGUUCCCCAUCACUUUGGUGCCUGUGGACGACCAGCCGCCCGUCCUGAACGCCAACACUGGGCUGACGCUGGCAGAGGGUGAAACCGUACCUAUCCCGCCCAUGACCCUGAGUGCAACUGAUAUGGAUUCAGAUGACUCGCAGCUGCGUUUUGUUCUGGAACCACCUUUCUCAACCACUGGGCACCUGCUUCUCCGCCAAACUCACGCUCCCCGGGAAGAGCAGGGGCUGUGGCAGAAACAGGGGCUAUUUUAUGAGCGGACGGUGACAGAAUGGCGGCAACAGGAUAUCACAGACGGGAGACUCUUCUACAGGCACUCGGGGCCCCACAGCCCUGGGCCAGUGAUGGACCAGUUCACAUUUAGAGUCCAAGACAACCACGACCCCCCUAAUCAAUCCGGAAUCCAGAAGUUUGUGAUACGCAUUCAUCCCGUGGACCGCCUCCCUCCGGAACUGGGCCGUGGCUGUCCCCUUCGGAUGGUGGUCCAGGAAUCCCAGCUCACACCACUGAGGAAAAAGUGGCUGCACUACACUGACCUGGACACCGAUGACAGAGAGCUACACUACACAGUGACCCAACCCCCCGUGGACACCGAUGAAAACCACUCGCCAGCUCCGCUAGGCACUUUGGUCUUCACGGAUAAUCCCUCAGUCGUGGUGACCCAUUUUACCCAAGCCCAGGUCAACCAUCAUAAAAUCGCUUACAGGCCCCCGGGUGAGGAGCUGGGAGUAGCCGCUCGAGUGGCGCAAUUCCAAUUCCGAGUAGAGGACCGAGCUGGGAAUGCGGCUCCGGGCACCUUCACCCUUUACCUGCAGCCUGUGGAUAACCAGCCCCCUGAGAUUGUCAACACCGGCUUCACGGUUGAGGAGAAGGGCCACCACAUCCUGCGGGAGACGGAGCUGCAUGUGAAUGACGUCGACACGGAUGUGGCCCACAUCUCCUUCACUCUCACACAGGUCCCCAAGCAUGGACACCUGCAAAUAUCUGGACAGACAUUGCACGUCGGAGGACGCUUCCGUUUAGAGGACAUAAAGCAGGGCAGAAUUUCUUAUUCAAAUAACGGGGAUGAGUCUUUGACGGACAGCUGCUCCCUGGAGGUCAGCGACAGACACCACGUGGUGCCAAUCACUCUCAGAGUGAAUGUUCGGCCCACGGAUCGUGAGGGUCCCAUGCCACUCCUUCCGGCUGGCACUCUGGAGUCCUAUCUAGAUGUCUUAGAAAACGGGGCUACUGAAGUCACUGCCAAUAUCAUUAAGGGGACCUAUCAGGAUACUGACGAUUUGAUGCUGACUUUCCUAUUGGAAGAUCCACCUUUGUAUGGAGAAAUUUUGGUCAACGGAGCUCCAGCUGAACGGUUCACCCAGAGGGACAUCCUGGAGGGCUCUGUCGUCUAUGCCCACACCAGCGGUGAGAUUGGCCUCUUGCCCAGAGCAGACUCUUUUAACCUCAGUCUGUCGGAGAUGUCCCAAGAAUGGAGAAUUGGCAGCAGUAUUAUUCAAGGUGUUACUGUCUGGGUGACCAUCCUCCCUGUGGACAGCCAAGCCCCGGAGAUCUCCGUUGGUGAGCAGUUUGUCGUGCUGGAAGGUGACAAGAGUAUGAUCACCCUAACCCAUCUAAGCGCUGAGGACAUGGACUCCCACAAUGAUGAUCUCUUGUGCACAGUCGUCAUCCAACCCACCUCAGGUUAUGUCGAGAACAUUUCUCCGGCACCAGGCUCAGAGAAGUCAAGAGCCGGGAUUGCUGUUAGUGCCUUCACAAUGAAGGAUCUCAGGCAAGGGCACAUUAACUAUGUCCAGAGUGUCCACAGAGGGGUAGAGCCUGUGGAGGACCGGUUUAUAUUCCGCUGCUCUGACGGCAUUAACUUUUCCGAGAGGCAGAUUUUCCCCAUUGUAAUCGUUCCUACCAACGAUGAGCAGCCAGAACUGUUCAUGAGGGAAUUCAUGGUGAUGGAAGGCAUGAGUCUGGUGGUCGACACGCCCAUCCUCAAUGCGGCCGACGCUGACGUUCCCCGGGAUGACUUAACAUUCACCGUUACGCGGUUUCCGACUCACGGGCACAUCAUGAACCAGCUGAUCAAUGGCACGGUGUUGGUUGAAAGCUUCACCCUGGACCAGAUUCUAGAGAGUUCCAGCAUUAUUUAUGAGCAUGAUGGCUCUGAGACGCAAGAAGACAGUUUCGUGAUUCAACUGACCGACGGCAAGCACUCCGUGGAGAAGACAGCCCUCAUCGUGGUCAUCCCGGUGGAUGACGAGACCCCCAGGAUGACCAUCAAUAAUGGGCUAGAAAUAGAAAUCGGGGAAACCAAAAUUAUCAACAACAAAAUACUAAUGGCAACCGAUUUAGACUCUGAUGACAAAUCGUUGGUGUAUAUUAUUCGAUAUGGGCCGGGACAUGGCUUGUUACAGAGACAAAAGCCUACAGGUGUCUUUGAAAACAUCACUCUAGGCAUGAACUUUACCCAGGAUGAAGUGGACAGAAAUUUAAUUCAAUAUGUCCAUUUGGGGCAAGAGGGCAUUCGAGACCUAAUUAAAUUCGAUGUGACGGAUGGGACGAACGCCCUUAUAGAUCGCUACUUUUAUGUGUCUAUCGGAAGUGUGGACAUUGUCUUCCCCGAUGUGAUAAGUAAGGGGGUGUCCUUGAAAGAAGGUGGCAAAGUCACUCUCACAACAGACCUCCUGAGCACAAGUGACUUGAACAGUCCCGAUGAGAACUUAGUUUUCACCAUCACCAGGGCUCCCAUGAGAGGGCACUUGGAGUGCACAGAUCGAAGAGGGACGGCCAUCACGUCUUUCACUCAGCUCCAGCUGGCUGGCAACAAAAUCUACUACAUCCACACAGCUGAGGAUGAGGUCAAAAUGGACAGUUUCGAGUUUCAAGUCACCGAUGGACGGAACCCUGUCUUCCGAACGUUCAGGAUCUCCAUCAGUGACGUAGACAAUAAAAAGCCGGUGGUCACCAUCCACAACUUGGUGGUCAGUGAAAGCGACAGCAAGCUGAUCACUCCCUUCGAACUCACUGUGGAAGACAGAGAUACUCCAGACAGGCUCCUCAAGUUCACUGUCACCCAGGUUCCUGUGCACGGUCACCUCCUGUUCAACAAUACGAGGUCCGUCACGGUUUUUACCAAGCAGGACUUGAACGAAAACUUAAUCAGCUACAAACAUGAUGGCACAGAGCCCACGGAAGACAGCUUCUCCUUCACGGUGACGGAUGGCACCCACUCGGACUUCUAUGUCUUUCCGGAUACGGUGUUUGAAACGAGGAGACCUCAAGUGAUGAAAAUCCAGGUGCUGGCUGUUGACAACAGGGUCCCCCAAGUUGUGGUGAACAAAGGAGCUACUACGCUUCGGACUCUGGCCACUGGCCAUUUGGGCUUCAUGAUCACAAGCAAAAUACUGAAAGUGGAGGACAGAGACAGCCUACAUUUUUCUCUCAGGUUCAUUGUGACAGAAGCCCCCCAACAUGGCUACCUUCUUAACCUGGGCCAAGGUAACCACAGCAUCACACAGUUUACUCAAGCUGACAUUGAUGACCUGAAAAUAUGUUAUGUAUUGAGAGAGAGAGCGAAUGCCACAAGUGAUCUGUUCCAUUUCACGGUGGAAGACGACGGUGGAAACAAGUUAACCAACCAGCAUUUUCGAUUGAACUGGGCCUGGAUCUCAUUUGAAAAGGAAUACUACUUGAUCAACGAAGAUUCCAAGUUUCUAGAUGUUGUUCUUAAACGCAGAGGGUACCUGGGAGAAACUUCAUUUAUAAGCAUCAGCACAAGGGAUGGGACUGCACGAAAAGACAGUGACUUCAAGGGCAAGGCCCAGAAACAAGUGCAGUUCAACCCCGGCCAGACCAGGGCCUCGUGGAGAGUGCGGAUCUUGAGCGACGAGGAACAUGAGCACUCGGAGACCUUCCAGGUGGUUCUCUCUGAGCCCGUGCUGGCGGUCCUGGAGUUCCCCAUGGUGACUACUGUGGAGAUCAUCGACCCAGGCGACGAAUCAACCGUGUUCAUUCCCCAGCCAGAAUACUCUGUGGAAGAGGAUGUGGGCGAGCUGUUCAUUCCCAUCAGGAGGAGCGGCGAUGUCAGCCAGGAGCUGAUGGUGAUCUGCUACACGCAGCAAGGGACCGCGACCAGCACCGUGCGGACCUCAGUGCUGUCUUACUCAGACUACAUCUCCAGGCCCGAGGACCACAGCAGCGUAGUCCGCUUUGACAAAGGCGAACGUGAGAAAACGUGCCGUGUGGUCGUAAUCGAUGACUCCUUGUACGAGGAGGAGGAGACCUUCCAGGUCCUUCUGAGCAUGCCCAUGGGUGGGAGGAUCGGUGACAAGUUUCCGGGAGCCAAGGUGACCAUCCUCGCAGACAAGGAUGACGAACCCAUCUUCUACUUUGGUGAUGUCCAGUACUCCGUGGAUGAGAGUUCCGGCUACGUGGAGGUGCAGGUAUGGAGGACGGGUACUGACCUCUCCAGGCCUUCGAGUGUCACCGUGAGGUCCCGGAAAACGGAGCCCCCCUCAGCAGAUGCUGGAACAGAUUACGUGGGAAUCAGUCGCAGCUUAGAUUUCACGCCUGGAGUUAACAUGCAGACUGUUCGUGUUCUCAUUCUGGAUGACCUGGGAAAACCCAUGCUGGAGGGAGUUGAAAAGUUUGAAUUGGUACUUCGCAUGCCGAUGAAUGCGGCCCUUGGCGAGCCCAGCAAGGCCACGGUGUCCAUAAAUGACUCCGCCUCAGACUUGCCUAAGAUGCAGUUCAAAGAAAGAGUGUACACUUGCAGUGAAAAUGAUGCACGUGUAGCUGCCGUGAUCUCCAGGAGUGGCGAUGUCCAGCACAGGUCCUCUGUAAGAUGCUACACGAGGCAGGCCUCGGCGCAGGUGAUGAUGGACUUCGAAGAACGCCCAAAUACCGAUGCCUCCGUUGUCACCUUCCUCCCUGGUGAGACAGAGAAGCCCUGCGUCCUUGAGCUGAUGGAUGAUGACAUAUAUGAGGACGUGGAGGAGCUGCGCCUGGUACUCGGCUCGCCGCAGAGCAGCUCUGCCUUUGGGGCUGCAGUCGGCGAGCAAAAUGAAACUCUGAUAAGGAUCCAGGACGACGCUGACAAAGCCGUGAUCAAAUUUGGAGAAACCAAAUUCAGUGUCACUGAACCCAGCGAACCAGGAGAGUCAGUUGUUGUCAAAAUUCCAGUGGUCCGCCAAGGAGACACUUCAAAGGUUUCCAUUGUGAGAGUCCACACCAAGGAUGGCUCAGCCACCUCUGGGGAGGAUUAUCACCCAGUAUCAGAAGAAAUCGAGUUCAAGGAAGGCGAAACCCAGCAGCACAUCGUUGAAAUUGAAGUACUCUUCGACGGGGUAAGAGAGAUGAGGGAAGCCUUCACAGUUCACCUAAAACCAGAUGAAAACAUGGUAGCAGAGACACAGGCAACCAAGGCCAUUGUAUAUAUAGAGGAAUUCAACAGCAUGGCAGAUGUCACCUUUCCCUCUGUCCCUCACAUUGUGUCCUUGCUGAUAUAUGAUGACACUUCAAAAGCCAAGGAGGAUGCGGGGCCUGUGUCUGGCUAUCCCGUUGUCUGCAUUACGGCUUGCAAUCCCAAAUAUCCAGACUAUGACAAAACGGGCUCUAUUUGUGCCAGCGAGAGCAUCAAUGACACGUUGACCCGAUACCGAUGGCUGAUUAGCGCUCCUGCCGGCCCGGAUGGCGUAACCAGCCCUAUGAGAGAGGUAGACUUCGAUACCUUUUUCACGUCAUCCAAAAUGAUCACGUUAGACUCCAUAUACUUCCAGCCUGGCUCCCGGGUACAGUGCGCAGCCCGUGCUGUGAACACCAAUGGGAAUGAAGGCCUGGAGCUGAUGAGCCCCAUCGUCACCAUCGGCAGAGAGGAAGGUCUCUGUCAGCCCCGCGUGCCUGGGGUAGUCGGGGCGGAGCCAUUCUCAGCUAAAUUGCGCUACACUGGUCCCGAGGACCCAGACUUCGCAAACCUCAUCAAGCUCACCGUCACGAUGCCGCAUAUAGAUGGAAUGCUGCCUGUCAUCUCCACGAGAGAGCUAUCCAACUUUGAGCUGACCCUCAGCCCUGACGGCACAAGAGUCGGUAAUCACAAGUGCUCCAACCUGCUGGACUACAACGAAGUGAAGACCCGCCAUGGCUUUCUGACUAAUGCCACGAAGAACCCGGAGGUCGUCGGAGAGACCUAUCCUUACCAGUACAGUGUGCCGGUCAGGGGUUCCAGCACCUUACGAUUCUACCGAAACCUCAACCUGGAAGCCUGUCUAUGGGAGUUUGUCAGCUACUAUGACAUGUCGGAGCUCCUGGCAGACUGCGGGGGCACCAUUGGGACGGAUGGCCAGGUCCUGAACCUAGUGCAAUCCUACGUGACCCUUCGAGUUCCUCUGUAUGUCUCCUACGUGUUCCAUUCCCCUGUCGGGGUGGGAGGCUGGCAGCAUUUCGACUUGAAGUCCGAGCUCCGCCUCACGUUUGUGUACGACACUGCCAUCUUGUGGAACCAUGGGAUCGGCAGCCCGCCCGAAGCUGAACUCCAAGGCUCUCUCUACCCGACCAGCAUGCGCAUCGCUGAGGACGGACGCCUGGCUGUGAACUUCAAGACGGAGGCUCAGUUCCAUGGCUUGUUUGUGCUGUCACAUCCUGCUUCCUUUACCAGCUCAGUGAUCGUGUCUGCUGACCAUCCAGGCCUCACCUUUUCCCUUCGCCUCAUCAGGAGUGAGCCAACCUAUAACCAGCCGGUCCAGCAAUGGAGUUUUGUGUCAGACUUUGCGGUUCGUGACUACUCAGGCACAUACACGGUCAAAUUGGUGCCCUGCACCACCCCACCCAACCUGGAGUACCGGCUGCCUGUCACCUGCAACCCGCGAGAACCUGUCGUCUUUGACCUUGACAUCCGAUUCCAACAGGUCAGCGACCCAGUGGCAGCCGAGUUUAGCCUGAACACACAUAUGUAUUUGCUGUCUAAGAAGAGCCUUUGGUUGUCCGAUGGAUCCAUGGGAUUUGGGCAAGAGAGUGACGUUGCUUUUGCAGAAGGGGACAUGAUUUAUGGCCGUGUCAUGGUGGACCCUGUCCAGAACCUGGGUGACUCCUUUUACUGCAGCAUUGAGAAGGUGUUCCUGUGCACAGGGGAUGACGGCUACGUGCCAAAGUACAGCCCCGAGAAUUCAGAAUACGGCUGCCUGGCUGACUCUCCUUCGCUCUUGCACAGAUUUAAAAUUGUGGAUAAGGCUCAGCCUGAGACUCAGGCUACCAGUUUUGGAGACGUCUUGUUUAAUGCCAAACUGGCAGUGGAUGACCCUGAAGCCGUCCUCCUAGUAAAUCAGCCUGGAUCAGAUGGCUUUAGAGUGGACUCAACACCACUCUUUCAGGUUGCUUUGGGCCGAGAAUGGUACAUCCACACAAUCUACACCGUCAAGUCCAAGGACAGCAGCCAUCGAGGAAUUGGCAAGAGGAGCCUGGAGUACCAGUACCACUCCGUGCUGCAUCAGGGACAGCCCCAGGCACCUACCAAGAGCUGGAAGAAAAGAGCCAUCAGGAGCACACCCUUGCUGGCUCGGGAAAUAGGGGCUGAGAACAAUCGGGGAACAAACCUCCAGCACAUCUCCCUGGACCGCCGUGACAAGAGGCCGGUCCCCCGUGGAAGAACUCCUCCUGAUGGCAUCCUGCCCCGGGAGCUCAAUAGUCCCAGUUCUGAGGUCAGCCUUAUCACUGUCUUGGGAGGCACUGCGGUGGGAUUGCUCGCUGUCUGCCUGGCUGUGUUUGCAGCCGUCAUGUGCAAGAACAAGAGCAGCAAGGGCAAGGAUGCUCCACGGGGCUCUGGAAGCAGUGAGCCCAUGGUGCCCCCACGGAACCACUACAGCGACAGCUCGGAGGUGUGAUAGCGUUCUCUUCCUGCACCUCAGAAAAGACUGUGCAAAAGCCCCAACUGUCUGGGACCAGCGGCAGAGAAUUGGGGACUUCUGCGACAAAGGUGCUCAGUGACCCUGACUGUAUUAAAAGGUUUUGAUUUAAACUCCACUGCUUCAUACAUGCAUCAAAGGACAAAUUCAGGCCACAUCUUUCCUGCCCCCCUGCCCCCAGAGGAGGCAUCCAGGAUGCUUAGAGCCCUGGAUGGCUGUCAGGGGAGGUGCUUUUCUUGUAGGCAUCAGAGGAAAUGAACCUUCUCAGAGAUGCUCAACGGUGCUAAAGGACUCUGCGAAGUCUGAGAGAAGCUGGCUAUUCCUCUGUUGUCACAUUGGUGUGAGCUCUGAGGGCGCAUUUGUCACAUUGUUCAUUGUAUAACUGAAAGGUUUCCCGUGGUAGUUCAGAAGGGUGAUGAACACACUGUUUGACAAGUUUUCCAGUCUGUGAAGACAGCAUGAAGUCGUGACCAGGGCUAGCUCAACCCACAAAUCACCUCUUACUGCUGGGAAAGCAUUGGAAUGGAUAGGGAGAAGGAAAACGCCUCACUUGGCUCUGAACUGCUUCUCAUUCUCCUCCGACCUCAUUUGUCUUUAUUUGAUUAUUUAACGUUAAGUUAAACCAAAGAGUAUGUUCAUUCUGGAAACGAGUUUUAAGAGACUGGUAUGUUUGGUAUGUAGCAGUGCCCACGUUCUUGCUAAUCAGCCUCACUGGUGCCCAGCCGUAGAAUGCGGAGUUAGAGAGUUGUCAACUUGAUGGCAAAGAGAUGCCGUAGAGUUAGAUUCACCACAGGACAAGGUUCUUAAGAACUGAGCCUAGAUGUUUGCAGUACUGAACCCAUAAAUCACGAGAAACACCUUUACCAACGGUGAAGGGAGAAAGUCGUACUGAUUUCCACGCUGUGUACAGCCAGAAUGCCUCUCAGGCACGCUGUCAAGAGCAGGGAUGGCAAGUGAUGCUAGCCCUCAGAGCCACACCCACACGGCAACAUCCAGCACGUGGAUCAGCCAUAGAAAGUUGAAUUAAGUUUAUAUCCGUCUAAAUAAUUGGAAUCUCUAUGCAUGUCACUCGGGAAAUUGUCUGGGAGGUGGCCAGGACUGUCAAUCAUACAAGAGGAGAACACACCUGUCUGGCCUCUUCAGUUCAGGGAGCCGGUGCUAUGAGAUGCCCCUCUGUAAUUUUUUUUUUUUUUUGAGACAGGGUUUCUCUGUACCUUUGGAGCCUGUCCUGGCACUAGCUCUUGUAGACCAGGCUGGCCUCGAACUCACAGAGAUCCGCCUGCCUCUGCCUCCUGAGUGCUGGGAUUAAAGGCGUGCGCCACCACCGCCCGGCUUCCUCCUGAUUUUAUCUGGGGUUUGUCACUGUGCAAAGACUCCUUGGCAUUGCCUGUCUCUUCAGGAAUGGGUCUCUACCCGACGUAGGAUUUUCUUCUUAGAAGAGGGGCAUUUCAGCUGAGUAAUGGCCACUCCCCUAAAACCUGGUGAAUAUAUGUCAUACAGAGAUUGAGUGCUUUUCCCCUUAUAACCCUAACCCUCCAGUGCUGCACGGAGGGAUUCACCCUUCAGCCGCACCCUGGUCAAGCUGGGCACCCUGGUAGCAUGGAGAUACAUGGAAGGCAAACUUCAUCUCUGUCGCUCCUGUAUGUCUGUGGAUGUCUGUGAGUAGCCAUCAGUUGAGAAAGGGGGCUGCAUUACCCCUUCAGUCUCUUCCAAGGGAUGAGGUAGACUCUAGCGUACUUCUACUGGGGAGCUUUACAAGUUCAGAGGUUCCUUGCACCCCCAAGAGGACUCACGGGUACACAAAGAACUGGCCGCGCCGGGGGUCGGAUCUUUUACUUCUGGCAGGUGCUCAGCUCCAUGCUUGGCUACCUCGUAAUUUGGGAAUUCACGUGAUGCCAACAGCGUAGGAAUUUUGACUACUUAGCUUUGGGCCCAGCUUCUGAAGACUUCUCGAGCAACUAUCAACUGUCUGUCACUAGCAGUUGAGAGCUUCCGAGCCUGACUACCCUGUGAUCUUCAAGUCAGGAAGUGCAUAGAGUAAUUUACAUCACAUCAUUAUAACACGUGUUUUUGCUAGGCAGCUCCUAUGCCAAUUUCAAUCAGCUGUACAUUAGUCUCCUGAAGCUAUUGUCUAUAAAUUAGGUGCUAUAUUAAAUACAAUUCCCAAUAGGAUAGAUAAGUAUGCUUUCUCUCUCCCCAUCCCUUCCCUGUCUUCUUUUAUUUGUAUUUUUCAUAAUUUUAAAAAUAUCUAUUUACUAAACAUGGUGCUUAAAAUGCAGUAAUUGCUUUAUAAAGGCUUUUCAGUAGGAAAAAUGUUUUUUUUCUAAAUAAAGUCCUCAUUUCCAAUGUUCAUUAAAAUAUUCUGAUAUUUUGAGAACUAAUACAUGAAGUUACUUUCAGGAAGUCAGCAAUUAUAGUUCUUGAUUUCCUCCAAACCUCCUGAGACAGACCAACAUCUGGUUGAUAUUACACACUAAAAAACAAAAGUAAAUGUUACCAUGAGUGGUUCUUCUAAGCAUACAGACAAGAAAACAUUAAAAUAUGUGAGUAAUAGGGUUGGAGAGAUAUCUCAGCAUGGAAAUACACACAAUAUAAUAUAUACAAUCUGUACUGGGGAUUGUACUAUGACUUACACGGACUAGGUGGCACCCCAUCUCUGACCUACAGCCCUCAACCCUUUCUGAACCUUUUGCUUUGAGGCAGCCGAAAAGGUUGCCCUGGCUGGCUGGGAAUUUGCUCUUUAGUUCAGGCUGGCCUGAACUUUCAGUCUUCCUGCCUCAGUCACUCAGUCACUCGUGUAGGGAGGCAGAAACCUGCGGCAGCAUUGGCCUCUCUUCUAAGAUUGAUCAUCCAUUCUGAGCAAUGGCUGGACACCAGGCUCCUCACCUUGUUUUUGGACAGCAGGUAAUCAAAUACAGCUCUGUCUUUGAAGAAAUGGAUCAAGAUUAGCAGAAUCUCCUCUAAACGAGAACACAAAGGUGUGUGUGUCUGUGACCCCCCAAUGAAACCUCUUAGAAUAUCAGCAUUAGGUUCUACUUUUUUAAGCUUAAAGAUAAUAGCCCUGUGAGUCGAGACUAGUAUACAACUUGGCAUUUGUAAACACUCCAUGUCUACUCAAAAUCAAGGGAACACCUGUGUGCAACAAAACAAUUCCUUCAAGUCACCUUACUGUGAGUUCUUCCUCAGGGUAAAGUAGAACCUAAUGCUGAUAUUUUAAGAGGUUUCAUAUAUAAACGUGUACAGACAGGUGUGGCUCACACCUUUCAUCUCAGCACCCAGGAGGCAGAGGCAGGUGAAUCUUAAUGA